UGGGCAUUUCCUUUCGGAUUAGAUUUCGUUGUCAGAUUGGUAUUUAAAUAUGCUGCAGUAACGAAGCCGGGGAAGCCAGUGGAAACCAAUGACCGCUCAAGAUUCUACGCUAUAUUAUACCUGUAUUAUUGUUUUCAUCAUUUGAUUCGAAAAAGGUAUAUUAUAUAGAACAGUAUUUUGAAGAUUCAACCGCGUCAGAAUUCAAAUGUAAGACGACAUCACAAUUUGCCAGCUUGAUACGUGGAUCAUUUUUGGGAUUCCUCUACAGUUUGAAUGAAAAUCGUGCUUUUUAGCUGUGAUAUGUAAAUGUGCAUGUAAAAAUUACUUAGGAUCACUAGUAUGUGUUUAGUCUAGUCAAGUUACUGGUUUAUAGUGGUCUGUGCAUCUUUGUCUCGUGUUUGGCCUGUAAAGACUUGGGGAACGCUUUCCAUUCAAGGAUAUGUCUGCAUAAUAUUUGAUUGAAAGAAAAAACAAACCAUCUACUAAACCAAUAAGAAAGAGAUCAUCCGAAUUAUUUUAAUAGAAAAAGCACCAAUAGAGGUCCCUAUAGAGUAUAAGAUUGUCCAUUGUCGAAUUGCAUCAUGUUCAGCUGGUUGGGUACCGAUGACAGGAGGAAGAAGGAUCCUGAGGUCUUUCAGACAGUCAGUGAUGGCCUCAAGAAGCUCUACAAAACCAAGCUGUUACCCUUGGAGGAACACUACAAAUUCCAUGAGUUCCACUCGCCCGCCUUAGAGGAUGCCGACUUCGACAACAAGCCCAUGGUUCUCCUUGUGGGGCAGUAUUCCACUGGAAAGACCAGCUUCAUACGAUACCUGUUGGAGCAGGAUUUCCCUGGAAUGCGGAUUGGGCCGGAGCCCACAACAGACUCCUUCAUUGCAGUGAUGCAUGGAGACACGGAGGGGGUGAUCCCUGGCAACGCCCUAGUUGUCGACCCCAAGAAACCCUUUAGGAAGCUCAACUCCUUCGGAAAUGCCUUUCUCAACAGGUUUGUGUGUGCCCAGCUUCCCAACCCUGUUCUCGAGAGCAUCAGUGUGAUAGAUACUCCUGGUAUCCUGUCUGGAGAGAAGCAGAGGAUCAGCAGAGGCUAUGACUUCGCAGCCGUUUUAGAGUGGUUCGCCGAACGCGUGGACCGCAUCAUCCUCCUGUUCGACGCCCACAAGCUAGACAUCUCAGACGAGUUCUCGGAGGUCAUCAAGGCCCUGAAGAACCACGAAGACAAGAUCCGGGUGGUUCUAAACAAGGCUGACCAGAUCGAGACGCAGCAGCUGAUGAGGGUUUAUGGCGCCCUCAUGUGGUCGCUGGGGAAGAUCGUCAACACGCCUGAGGUCAUCCGUGUCUAUAUCGGGUCGUUCUGGUCACACCCAUUGCUCAUCCCUGACAACCGUAAACUGUUUGAGGCGGAGGAGCAGGACCUGUUCAAGGACAUCCAGUCACUGCCCCGCAACGCUGCCCUCAGGAAGCUCAACGACCUCAUCAAGAGGGCACGGCUCGCUAAGGUCCAUGCCUACAUCAUCAGCUCUCUGAAGAAGGAGAUGCCAAGUGUGUUUGGAAAGGAGGGCAAGAAGAAGGAGCUGAUCAACAGCCUGGGAGAGAUCUACAGCCGCAUUGAGAGAGAACACCAGAUCUCCCCUGGAGACUUCCCCAACCUCAAGAAGAUGCAGGAGCAACUGAACGCCCAUGACCUGAACAAGUUCCAGCCCCUGAAGAUGAAACUGCUGGACACAGUGGAUGACAUGCUGGCCCACGACAUCGCCAGCCUCAUGGUGCUGGUCAGGCAGGAGGAGACCAACCGACCCCAGCAGGUGGUGAAGGGAGGGGCCUUUGACGGUACCCUCAACGGGCCCUUUGGCCAUGGCUACGGCGAGGGUGCUGGAGAGGGCAUCGAUGAGGCAGAGUGGGUGGUGGCCCGCGACAAGCCAAUGUACGACGAGAUCUUCUACACGCUGUCGCCGGUCAAUGGGAAAGUGACGGGUGCCAACGCCAAGAAGGAGAUGGUGAAGUCCAAGCUGCCCAACACUGUGCUAGGGAAGAUUUGGAAGCUGGCUGACAUCGAUAAGGAUGGGAUGCUGGAUGAUGAGGAGUUUGCCCUGGCCAAUCACCUGAUUAAAGUCAAACUGGAGGGGCACGAAUUGCCCGCCGACCUCCCCGGUCACCUCAUCCCCCCCUCCAAGAGGAAAAUCCCUGCUGAGUAGACCCACCCCUUGCAUCCUCACUUCCACAGGGCACUGAAGAAGAAAGGGAGUUGGUAGGAGGAAGGGCAGGGAAUGAUCUUUGGGGGGUGCAGGGGUAAAUUCAUCAAGGUUGGACAACCACGCUUCAACAUGAAACAAAAAAAAGUUUCAACUUUGUGGUCAUGCUUAGAGAGAGCAAAAAGAUUGAAAUUGUUGGCUUGCUCUUCUGACCUAUGUAUGUUUUUUUUCUUCUUUUUUUAAAUUAAACUGGGUUGAAGGGGGUAAAGGUCAUGGUUCAGAGUUGGGGGAACUGAUAUUGGACUCUUACUGACUGCACCACCAGCAUGCCAUAUUAUUAAACACCCCCACUUAGAGUGUGCUAUCUGUGACAAUAACCUGCAUUAUCAUUGGAUACAUGAACCCUGUCUGUUUCUCAAGCAUAAACGAUUUUGUAUUUUAUUUGAGCCAGAAUUUGAACCUACGUCAUAUUUCCCUUGGCAUAAAAUAGGCAUGUUUCAAAAAGGAUCAACUUAAUCUUAAUCCUCUUUAUUACUUAUCAUCUUUAAAAUACAAUAACGGCUAAAAUGCAGUGAUAUGAACCCUUUAAAAAAAAAUUUUGGGACAUAUUCUAUUUUCUUCUUGUGAACAGGCGGCAUCCUAAACAUGCAGGCCCUUUGUAGCCUGACCAAGAGACUGUUACAACUGUAUGGCUGUCAUGUCGGAAAUCUGAGAGUUGGUAGACCUUUAAAUGUAUAAUGUUUUGAAAGUGCUUUCUAGUAACUUGUAUCCCUGUCCAACGUUUGUAUGUUUAUACCUACGUAUUUCACCUAUUAUUUAGAAUACUUCACUGUUGAGGGAAAGAGACUUCAAUCGUUCCAUAGACAAGGAGGGGAACUGACAAUGGAAACGGACAAUUUCCUUAGGUAAACAGUGCUCACUGAAUGCAUAACUAAUUAGAAAAGAAAGGGUUUUAAAUCAAGCACUUUCAUUCAAUUAUUGUACUCAGAUCGCUUCCCUCAAUACUGUAGAUGGCACAAAAAAUAGUUACAUUCUCCCUAUACUGUGACUUUCAAUGUUCAUCAUAGAGUGUAUGUCUACCAUAGAGACUAGGUUCUAUAUUUUAUGAUAUCCACUAGUGUUGUAGUUGAGACCACUUCUGGAUAUUAUCCACCAUAAAGAAUACAUCAUAAUCAAAAUACCCCGUGUUUGUGUACCUGAUUGAUCAGAAACAGAAAUUGAAUAGGUCAAAUAUAUAUGGGUAUUGUAUAUAGAAAAGGCCCCCUAAUUGCGUGUUCAGGGCAAGUUUAAUUUCGUAGCUACAGUAAUACUGGGACCAUGUUGGGGGAACACUGGUCUGAAAGGACUUCUUAGGGGAACUGAUAUGUUGAGAGAAUAUACAGCACACAGUAUGAAAGGGCUCUAUUCAAUCCGUAGCACUGAAGAUCCGCUUUAUAGAGCGAUUGACAAUUAAAGACAAUGUUCCCGUGGUCGCGGAGACUGCAUUCACGGUAAACGCUGCGUAUGUCGACUCAAUCAGAAUGAGAGUUUCUCCCACUCUGUACACAAGGGGUAAGUUUCUUUCCCUGGCUGAUAUGACUGAUACUAUUUUCUCCUGCUGUCAGUCUGUUGCUGCUGACAGGACGCUAGGUAUCCUGUUGUCAUCAAUCUGUUGCUGCUGACAGGACGCUAGGUAUCCUGUUGUCAUCAAUCUGUUGCUGCUGACAGUACGCUAGGUAUCCUGUUGUCAUCAAUCUGUUGCUGCUGACAGUACGCUAGGUAUCCUGUUGUCAUCAAUCUGUUGCUGCUGACAGUACGCUAGGUAUCCUGUUGUCAUCAAUCUGUUGCUGCUGACAGUACGCUAGGUAUCCUGUUGUCAUCAAUCUGUUGCUGCUGACAGUACGCUAGGUAUCCUGUUGUCAUCAAUCUGUUGCUGCUGACAGUACGCUAGGUAUCCUGUUGUCAUCAAUCUGUUGCUGCUGACAGUACGCUAGGUAUCCUGUUGUCAUCAAUCUGUUGCUGCUGACAGUACGCUAGGUAUCCUGUUGUCAUCAAUCUGUUGCUGCUGACAGUACGCUAGGUAUCCUGUUGUCAUCAAUCUGUUGCUGCUGACAGUACGCUAGGUAUCCUGUUGUCAUCAAUCUGUUGCUGCUGACAGUACGCUAGGUAUCCUGUUGUCAUCAAUCUGUUGCUGCUGACAGUACGCUAGGUAUCCUGUUGUCAUCAAUCUGUUGCUGCUGACAGUACGCUAGGUAUCCUGUUGUCAUCAAUCUGUUGCUGCUGACAGUACGCUAGGUAUCCUGUUGUCAUCAAUCUGUUGCUGCUGACAGUACGCUAGGUAUCCUGUUGUCAUCAAUCUGUUGCUGCUGACAGUACGCUAGGUAUCCCGUUGUCAUCAAUCUGUUGCUGCUGACAGUACGCUAGGUAUCCUGUUGUCAUCAAUAUGUUGCUGCUGACAGUACGCUAGGUAUCCUGUUGUCAUCAAUCUGUUGCUGCUGACCGUAAGCUCGGUAUCCUGUUGUCGGCAAUUUGAGUAGACGUUGCAAAUGAUACGGUAGCCAAUAAAGGCGACCGAGCCAAGCAUUUCUCAUUCUGCUUCCUGUUUUUGUUUUGAUUAACUUCAGUAAGACUAUUUGAUCUCCUGAGACAGUCCCUUUCCAGAUGUCAGGGAGCUAUGAAUCUACAUGGACACAAAUCAGAUGACUGUUUUCAUGCACGCCAAUUAAAGGGAUGUAUUUUGAGUCCGAUUGCAGCUUCUGAUUGUAUCGCACCUCACAUGUGCUCAACAGUUAUGCUUCACAUGUACACAACCCAUUCAAUGAUAACUACAUACACUGGAUGCCUGCUCUGUGUUCAUCACAACGACUGUAAAUCCAUUGUACAGCCCCUUGUAAAUGAGAACACACAGUCUUCCCUGUCUAGCUGGUGGAGAAUACUCAGACAGCUGCUGGGGUGGCACUCGCUGAUCUAUAGGCUAAUGUGGUGUAUCACAAGUGGAGCUGUCGGUGAUGUUUGUGCAGUCACCUCUCUGAGCCAUGAAUAUAGAGAGUUAGAAGGGGUGUCCUGGGAUAUGGAUCUUUUCAUUCAGUUGUAUUAACAAUGAGCGGUCUACUUGGUAAACCACAGUACCCUGCGUGUGUCUGUCUGUACCAUAUGUGCGCGUGUGAAUAACAGACUUGCAGAAAACCAGUAGCCAUGUUCAUGUGUAUGUUGUUCUAUGUAACUGUUCUCCAGUUGGUGGGAAGUUGGAUGGUGAAACAUUCCGCAUAUUAUGUUCUGCUUUGAAAACAAAAUAAAGCUCAUUCAUUUAUUACA